AUGACCUACAGCCACUUAGACCACCUGGACACCCUGAAGAAUAGCACCAGUGAUGCCAUGCAAAUUGCACCGGAAGCACCAGAAGGGACGGAGAGGAGCAGUCAGGGAAGGGGGUGUGAGUGCCGGCGCCGGGCGGGGAGCUGCUGCCAUUUCUUCUCUGUCCCUGCUCUCCUGGCCUGGUGGGUCUCUGCGCUGGGACCUGGGGAGACCCCUCGGACGGGAGUGGAUCCUGUGACCUCAGCCCCCGCUGGAGAAGGUACCGUCGGGCUGGGUUUGACGGUGCCCAGGAGCUGCCGGGAUGGCCUACCCGCCCACGUUGGCUCCCUGGCCCAGCGGGCGUACUGGGCUCUGCUGAGCCAGCAGAGGGACCAGAGCAUCGUGGCCCUGGGCUGGAGCGGUGCUGGCAAGACCACCUGCUGCGAGCAGGUCCUGGAGCACCUGGUGGGGAUGGCAGGCAGUGUGGAUGGCAGGGUCUCAGUGGAGAAGAUUCGAGCCACCUUCACUGUCCUCCGGGCCUUUGGCUCCGUGUUCACCGGCCACAGCCGCCGUGCCACCCGGUUCUCCAUGGUGAUGUCACUGGACUUCAACACCACAGGCCGAGUCACGGCCGCCCAGCUCCAGACGAUGCUGUUGGAGAAGAGCCACGUGGCCCGGCAGCUGGAAGAAGGCAAUUUCGAGGUUUUCUCCCAGAUGCUAGCCGGAUUGGACCUGGAUCUCAGCUGGGGGGUGGUGGUGGAUGUCUGCUGUGACGGUGACAUUUUGGUACAGGCUCUGACAGCAGCGUGGGAGACAGAACUGUACCUGCACCAGCUGGCAGACAGCAGCUCCUUCAGCAUGGGCGUGUGGCCUAAGCCUGAAGGCAAGCAGAGGGCGGCGGCUGCCUUCGCCCAGCUCCAGGGCGCCAUGGAGACGCUGGGCGUUUUGGAGAGCGAGCAGAGGGCCAUUUGGCGGGUGUUGGCAGCCAUCUACCACCUGGGUGCGGCGGGGGCCUGCAAAGGUGCUGCCCCAGGGUUCUCAGCCUCCACUGAGAAGGCGUGGCCUCCACUCAGCCCCAUCACAGGAAGAAGGAAAUCUCAUUCAGGGCUAGUAGCCUUUAACUCCUCUCUGUAAUACUUGCUUAUCUCCGUUUUUCAACAAAGAGAAAGCAGACCUCAGACUCCCAGACUGUGAGCACCAGGAGGUCAGUGAGUAGCAGAGGGCUUAGCACCCUAGAGGACUCUAAAUAUUUGUGGAAUGAAAAAAUGAAUGAACAUCUUAUCCCCCUGAUAGAAGCCCGUGCACAAACACAGACUUGCUGCAUCCAGUGAUUGAGCUUCCUAAUUUGGCUCCAAAGCUUGAAAGAUCAGAGGUCAUGGACACUUUUGAGAAUCUGAUGGAAGCUAUAGAGCCUCUCCCCUUUACCAAAUGUGAACAGAAUUUUGCACAGUACUUCAGAGAUUUCACUGACCACACAUGGACCACCCAGAGUUCUUGGUUAAGAAUUUCUGAUCUCGGGCUUCCCUGGUGGCACAGUGGUUAAGAAUCCGCCUGCCAAUGCAGGGGACACGGGUUCAAGCCCUGGUCCGGGAAGAUCCCACAUGCCGCGGAGCAACUAAGCCCGUGACCCAUUAACUCCUGAGCCUGCGCUCUAGAGCCUGCGGACCACGACUACUGAAGCCCACGUGCCUAGAGCCCCUGCUCCGCAACAAGAGAAGCCACCGCAAUGAGAAGCCCGCGCACUGCAACGAAGAGUAGCCCCUGCUCGCCGCAACUAGAGAAAGCCCGCGUGCAGCAACGAAGACCCAA